AUGCAAUAAAACAAGUUCGCCGGUGAGGAGAAUAAUUCCAAAUACUCUAACCCCUUAUUUUAAAACUUUGUGGACUUUGAAGGAAAGAAUGAACUCAAACCAGCCUAGAGGAAUUCUAGUUUGAAUAGUGCUAAUUCUAAUAAUGAGCAAUUUUUGAACUAAAAUCAAAAUUAAAACCUAAGUGCAGCACUUGGACUUAUGUUUAACAGAGGAAAUAUCAAUAGAGAAGAGGAGGAGAAGUUCUAGUAACUGGAAGUUUCAAAAGCAUUGAAAGGCUUUGAUGAAAAUGAGGGAUCGUAACUAGCACACUUGGGUCGCGGAUUAAUGAAUGAGGAUUAAAAAACUAUUAGCAAGGAUUUGAAGAAUAUCAGCAAGAAAAAUAAAUAAUAAAAGUUACAGUAAAAAAUAGAUAUGGAUCAUACUGGAAGUUUCUUUGACAGAAACUAGGAUGUUAAGCUCAAAAUAAACUAGUUAACGCCUAAAAAAAAGCAAAAUUCCUCCAGAUAACAGUCCUUUAAGGAUCCAGAUUAUCAGGAUCAUUAGCAUUUGAUGACUAUAAAGGAAGAAACAAAGAUAUCGAAGGAAUUUGAAGUUGAUGAUGACUUUUUCAAAGUUAAAAUGAGUUCUAUCAAGGUAAGCGAUGAUUAUGUACACAUUGAAUAAUAGAAGGAAUUGUUCAGAGAAUUUAUGCACCCUUAAGGAAAAGAAUAAGAUGCCUCAAUCAUUUAGGAUAGAUAAAAAAGCAUUUAAGCUAGCGAAAGAUAGAAUUAAGUAUUAACAGAUAAUCGGAGCAUUUAUAAUGAACAAAUUAGUUAAGGGAUAUCAACAAGCAAAAGUAAAAGCAAGGGAAAGAAAAUUCUGGAAUUCAAUAACACCCCUUUAAAAUCUAGAAGAUAGAGAAUAUAUUCUGAUACUGAUGCUUUCUAGGGUAACAAUCAGCCUUAGAGUUUUCCAAUCACUAACAAAACUCAAUUGAAAGAUAAAACGUUUCAUAAUGCUGAAACAAGAAAUGCCAAACUAAGGAUAAAUAUGGGAUAAUUAAGUAACGAAGAUUAUAUUCAGUAAAACUACACUGAUUAGGAGUAACCAUAUAAAUUCCAUAGAAAUCUCUAAUUGGCCCUGGCAGGUGAUACUUUUCCUGACUAAUUUAAUACUUUAAAAAAAACAAGACUUGGCAGCUUUAAUCAGCAGUUAUCACCUAGAUAAAGAGAUGAUAUAAUAAGAUAAAUAAAUGAGAGGGGAAUAGAUAGAAAUGACCUGAUGAGAGAUACAGGCACUGUGGAUUUUAUAGUCGAAGAUCAUUCCAAUGAGGAAUCAAAGUAACCUUCUCCAUAAAUGAAUAGAUCAUUAGAUGGAAAUGAUCUCAAUCAGAAUUCCAAUAAUAUAUAUGGAGAGAUCGCUGAGUCUAAACUAUUGUCAGAAACACAUAUUAGAGAGGAUAUCUAAUAAAAGAUCUAAUGUUAAAUGAAUGAGGGCUACGAAGAGGAUUUAGAGGAUACUAAGGAUGAUAAUCAAGAUUAGAAUAGUUAAAUAUUCUAGUAAAAUUUAACUCAAGUGUUUGAUCCACUUCUUGAAACAGCAUAUGAUUUUACAUAGCCAACAAACACUUCGAAGUCUAAAUACUUAAACAUAAUGGUGUGUGGACCAGCAGGAAUUGGAAAAUCUUCUUUCAUUGAAUUGUUUCUGGAGAAAUUUAACAAAGUCCAAUUUUAAGAGCUUAUUAGCAAGAGAAGUAAUAAUAAAAACAAGAAACCCUAACCAACUUAAUUAGAGGGCUUUUUGAAAGAAUAAACUAAUAUCUAUGCACCCAAGAUUGUCAUUACAGGAACCAUCGAAGAAUAUGAAAUAAGCAAGUCGAUUAAUGGCAGAGAAGUUUGCCUUAAAAUGAUUGAUUCAGUUGGCUAUGGAAAUAGUAUGGAGUUAAGUUCCUGGAGAAAGCAUAUUUAGGAUUAUAUAAAGGGAAAUUUGAUCAAUUAUCAGACUUAAGUAGAUGAAAUAGAAUAAAUGUAUUUAAAGGAACAUCAAAAUAAGAUGAAAAAGUUAAAAGACAUCAAAGAUAACAGAGUCCACCUGCUUCUUUAUUUCUUCGGAGGUCAUCACACAAACGCUGUAGAUUUCAAAAUUCUGUCAAGACUGAAGAAAUAUGUCAAUAUACUGCCUAUAAUCCCUAAAGCUGAUAGUUUUAAUUCAGAAGAACUAUUCAAUAUGAAAACUGAUAUCAUUAUAAAUGGCUAAGAUAGGGAUAUAAUGUUUUUUGAUUGCAUUGAAGCCAUUAGUCAGGCAGUUGGCUAGAAUGAGGAGAAGAUGAAGUUGCUAACUGAGGAACUACUCAAUACUGGUUAUUCUAAGGGUAGCACAACACAUUCUUGCCCUCCUUUUGCUAUUAUAAAUCCCUCAGAUUCAAUACAAAUAAAAAAUAAUCAGGGUUAGUAUGAGAUAAGGUACGGGCGCAAGAUGAAUUGGGGAUUUUGUGAUGCCUUCGAUGAUAGAAAUGCUGAUUUCUCAAGACUAUAUAAGCUAAUCAUUAGUAAUUAUCAUGUUCAUUUUAUUGUCUUUAUAGAUAUACUUUGGGAUCAACUUGUAACUAUCACAACCUUUAUAAUGGAAGAUUACAGCAAGAAGAGAGAUGAAAGGAAAAAGAAGAAAAUUGUUCAUGAAAAAUAAGUCAAGAAAUACUCAAUUCUGACAGGAAUCGCUGCUCUUGGAGGUGCAGCAAUAAUGGCUCUUAAAUACUCAAAAUAAUGA